GCCGUCUCUACCCGCCGUGCUCCGCGCAGCACGGGCGGAAGUGGCUUCCUCCAGCUGACAAGCCGGGUGUUUGUAGCCGUUCCUCGCCAGGUAGCGACUACUACACAGAAUGGCAGGAGUGCGAGGGCCCGGGGAGAAACGGGCCGCCGCCACGGUUGUGGAGCAGGACAUGUUCGACGCCGUCGUGAUGGCGGAUGAGAGAUUCCAUGGGGAGGGGUAUCAGGAAGGCUAUGAAGAAGGCAGCAGCUUGGGGAUCGUCGAAGGAAGGCAGUAUGGCACAUUACACGGAGCCAAAAUUGGAUCUGAGAUUGGGUGCUACCGUGGCUUUGCUCUUGCAUGGAAGUGUCUCCUACACAGUGGUACAGGCGAGAAAGACAGCAGGAAGAUGAAGGUGGUGGAGGCGCUGAUCACACUGCUGCAACACUUCCCCUAUGAUGACCCCACUUACGAGAGGCUCCAUGAAGACCUGGACAGAAUCAGAGGGAAGUUCAGACAGCUAUGCUCACUGCUCAACGUGCAGCCAGACUUCAGGGUGACCGCAGGAGGCUCCAGACUUGCGUUUUGAGGACUCAGAAGAGCACAUGUCUGCACAUUAAGUGUCAGAGUGAUUAAAGGCGAGCCUGAGUGGCACCCGUUGUUCCAUGAGAGGACCAGUGUGGCCUCUUCCCUAAACUCUCACUGGCUGGCUGGCCAGCCGAGAUGUCACUACCCUGCCUUCUCCACAGGGUCCUGGCAGCACCCUCAAGAGAUUGCUCACUGCUGGCCAGACGACAGUCUGUCUGGUAUCAUUGUCCUGAAAGCUGCUGGAGUCCUCCGGUGCCAAGAUGCUGAGGUGUCCUGUCACAUUCUGCCGUGGACUUGCUACCACAGGUAGCAGUUACUAGUUCCUCCCUUGUCUCUGCCCCCUUUCCCUCUCAGCUCUUUGUCUGUUCCCCCAUUCCCCUCACCUUGUAGAUAGGUGUUAGAGUCCCCACCCAUCAGCAUUGCCACAGCCGCCUGUCUGAUACCUCCUGUGUUCUCAAGGGCCCCAUCCAAUCCCCAGCACACUUUGGUCACCCCAAAAGGUCUCUGGAUCCCAGUAUAGACAGUGCAGAGGAGCAUUCUGCCAUGUGGGUGUGUCCCUCUUCCCCCACUGAGAUGGCUGUGUCUCCUGUGAAAGGUGACAUAGUCAUGAGAAGGAUGCUCCUUCUAAAUGUCAUCCCGCGCAGCUGAUACUCAGAACUGCCAUCGACAACCACAGGGCGCUGCGGUGAAGCUGCACCUCAGGGUGGUAGAGUGGCCCCUGUGGAACGUGUGUCCUUAAUGUCACUACUGAGCUGCGAGCUAAUCCCCUGCCUUCUCAGACCAUGUCCUGUGAGCUCUAAGUGUCUCCACUGCUGGACUGUUUUCUGUCACCCAUCUUACCGUGUUGUGGCCGGCUCUCUGGCAGAGUGGCCUUGCUGUGACUUUAGCUUUGAUGCCAUCCCUUAUGAGCGGCAGUGUGUCACAUGCUGGAGGCCAGAGGUGUCAGGACUGGCUCCUCCCAAAUCUCUGCUGAGCCUGCUGCCUGUGUCUCCUGCACAGCUGUGUCCUGACUGAACAGGGACUACCAGUGAUCUCAUUCUCCCUCAGUCACCUACAGAUUUAUCUGCAGUCACAGGGCAGGGCUUGUGACCGCCAGCUCUGCAGGAUCUGGAAUCACCUAGGAGACACACCUCUGGGCAUGGCUGUGAGGGUGUUUCCAGAGAGGCUUAGCUGAGGAGGGAAGACCCACCCUGAGUUUGCUCUGUCCCGUGAACUGGAGAAAGCAAGCUGGGUGCCAGUGUACAUGUCUCUCUGCCUCCGGACUGGAUAUAAUGUGACUGUCUGCCUCGGGCUCCUGUUGCCAUGCCUCCCCACCCCGAUAACUGUCACCUUAUUAACUGUGACCCAAUAAACCCCUUCAUCCCUUAA